UAUAAAGAUGUUAUCAUCAAUCGUCAGCAGUGAAGUAAUUGUCACAUAACCAUAUUUUGCUUGUAUUUUGUUCAUUUAGCUCAUCUUGCAACCAUUUCUAGUUAACAAUUUACAGAUUCAAAUAUUUCAACCCAUUUUGAGCGGUCCUAGUCUUUAAUAAUAUUUGGUUGAAUCAAAUCUGUAAUAGUAGUUCAUUAUUAUUCAUUUCAAUUUGUAUCUUCAAGGAAAAAUUAUGUGAAUUCAACAUUUAUGAUCCAAAAUAGUGAACAAGAUUCCCAUACAAUUUUAUAGAAGCCAACGUUUUAUCAAAGACUAGCAAUUGAAUCGCGAAAUAUGUCACUGCUAUGGAUAUAAAUGAUUUACCCAAAGAUCAAGUGUUUAACCGAGAUAUGAAGGUUUUACCCAUUGAUAAAAUUAACCAGGUUAAUAAAGCAACAGUUGAUACAAUUGGAUUGUUAAGUCUGGUUGUGGCCCUUGUAAUUGCCUUCAUUGGACUAAUUCAAUAUCAUUAUUCUCGAUUAAAGCAAAAAGAAAUGUUAAAGGAUAUGAAAUCAAUCCAGAAAGCUGAAGAUCAACUUCACGAGUUACAACGAGAAUUGGACAAAGUAAAGAUGGAACAAUCAGUGUCAAAUAGUGGUGAUGUGAUCAAAUCAGAUGAUCAAAACAAGCGACACACCAAUCGAUCACAUUACCAUCUGAUUGAUCCGUCUGGAGGAAACACUUCAAAUUCAGAUUACAAUCGGAUUUAUGAACUUGAGGAAGAGCUUUUUCAAACUCGAGAACAAUUGAAUCGCGCUGAAACUGCAUUAGCAAAUAAAUCAUGGGCACCUCCUCAUCAACUUCAAUUAUGGUUACAACUGACUCAUGAGCUUGAAUUGAACCAUUACAAUACCAAACGACAAGCAGCCGAGACUCAAUUAGCUGCUGCCAAAGAAGGGUGUGAUAAGUUGAAGAAGAAGCGUUCAACCUUUUUUGGUUCAUUGAGAGUCGCUCAUGGAUCUUCAAUUGACGAUGUUGACAAUCGCAUUCUUCAGGCAAAAAAAGCCCUUUCCGAGAUAACCAAAGAGUUUAAGGAGCGAUCAUUUCGUUGGCAGCAAAUUGAAGGCCUUUGUGGCUUUGCAAUUGUCCAUAAUCGCGGAAUUGAAUCUAUCCAAGCUGAAAUUGCUCAUCUCAAUGCAAACAUUGAUGAUGGUUUCUUGGUUGAAAUGGAAAGUGAACCAUUAAAAAGUCCAGUCAUAGCAAAAUUUGGUUUUAACCCUUUUGAGCGAUCCUUUCGAUCAAGCCAUUCAUCUGAUCAUAAAUCAAGUCUAAAUACAUCAUCAACAUCAUCAAGCUAUCACUACCAACACCAUCUUCAAGCUAAUCAACAAAAUAAUAAUCUAACACAUAAUAAUAGCAAUAAUUAUCUACAGGCAAAGCUUUCAAGAACUGAGGCUUCUAACGGUGUGGUUAGUGUAAAUUAUCAUCAAGAAUCAACUGAUGGCAGUUCUGAGAGUGAUUUAGAUGCACCUUCAACUCCUCACCAACAGUUCAACCAGCAACAAUCAUUGAUUAAUCAAGAAAAGGUUACAUUUACAUUAGGAGAAGGUGCUUUAGAUGCUGACGCUAGUUUAGCCGAUGAAUCACAUAACCAAUCACCACAUCGGCGCACAUGGAGUUCAAUGCGUCGAGCACCGAGACAAUCACGAAGAAAGGAUAAAAAGACUAUCGAAAAGUCUAAAUCAUGUUCUUUAAACAUAGUGGAAGGUAAACCUGCAAAUGAAACUGAAGGUGUGGACAAGGAUCAACUACAUGGGAGAAAAGACAAUCUUUCAAAUCAAUCGAGAUUAUCAUUGAAAGCCUCUCCAAACAAGACAUCGGUUAAUGAUUUUGAUGCUCACAAUUCAUCGCCUGAUCAAUCAGAGACGACGGAUGAAGAUAGAGCAAUUAGUGAUCAAGAAAAAUCAAAAGAUGAACACAAGGAAACUGUCGGUCGAUCUGCAUCAUCUACACUCCUCGAUAGGCAUUCAUUUUCAUUUUAUCUGAAAGGUGCAAGAAAACCGUUCAAUUUUAUGAGUCAAAAACGGAAAAAGUCAUCGCCAUCAGAAUUGACUCCAGAGGCCCUUCAAUGAACAGAUUUAACGGAAAGAUAUUCAAUACUUGAUGUUGUGAACAAUUGUAUUGUUUGUUGAAAAUCUAUUGAUUGUUGUCUCAUAUCUGUAUACAGACGAGACAUGUUAAUUGCCAUCUCAAUAAAAUAGUUUCAUUUGAUAGA